AUGCUGGCUGAUGCAUAUGCACGCGGCGAGGUGUUCAUCGGCAGUAAGGAGAACAGGUAUACUGUGGUAUCCGGGCUGCCGCCCUCGAUCCAGGGAUAUCACUGGAAGUACGGGAUCACCAUUGAAACCCCAGACAGGAAGUUCCUGUUUGCUUGUGAAACCGAGGCGGAGCAGAAGGACUGGAUCGCAGCCUUUCAGAGAGUCGUCAACCGUCCCAUGAUGCCGCAGGAGUACGCAGUUGAGGCUCAUUUCAAGCACAAGCCUUGAUGCUGGCUGUAUGUGCUGUAUGCUGCAGGCGGCACAGACUGGACAAUGAACAGCUGUUCUGUCUCAUGAAGCGCUCCGGACCGAGCGAGUACCUUCCUACCUUGAUUUAGUACUGACUGGACUGUGCUGAAGACGUCUUCAUCGUGAGGCUUGUAUAACCAAAGCAGACGUCCCGGGUUCAGCCGUCAGCCGAGCUACUGUACAAAUAUGGCAUGUGAAUGUUGUCCAUUGCUCUUAAACAUAACAUUUAAUCUGUAAAUCACAAGUGCUAAACACCACGGUGCGUUCUGACUGAUGUUAUUUAUUGGAUUUUCCAUGCAAAUGCUGCUGUGAAGCUUAGAUGAUCCCCAGACACUACACAACACCACACCACUCCGAGUGUCUUUGCUGAUCAUCUAGGGCUUUCGUUCACCAUUACUGAUCAUUUAAAUGUGUGAAAACCAUGUUAGGACAGCUAUGUGAUCAGUAUAGGUUUCAUAUACUACAUACUACUUCUGGUGUCUGUGCAGGGUGCGUACUGUAUGUGUCCCUGCAGCACAAAAGCAGUGUUAAGUCGCUGGGGGAUAUUUGUAGCAA